AUGUCUGCAGACAGGCGGCAUUUGGCAGAGAUCCUCAGCUUCGCAAACCCGCCUGCAGCCCUGCAGGCGUGCGUGGCGCUGGUGGUGCACCUGAUCAGGAAUCAUGAGUACGUGGAAAAGCACGCGGGGUCGCGCAACGAGCUCGACUGGGACUGCUGCAAGCGGCUUCUUUUCGCUGACCCGCCAGAGUUCCUGAAGGCCCUCCACGACUUUCCUGGGCACCUCCUCGACUCGAAGGUUAGCGACUCCCAUGUGGCUGCCGCGGAAGAAUGCUUGCAGACGAUGGGCAAAGCCUUCCUCCCGCAGAACAUGAAGCGCAUCAGUACCUUCGGCGCCACCCUCGUUGAGUGGGCGGCACUGGCCAUCAAGGUCUUCAAGAUGUGGCAGGAGGAGAAGACGGCGACCACAAGCGCGUUGGAGCUGGAUGAUUUCAUCGAGCUGGGCGCCUACGUAGGCGGAGCUUCGGAGCUGCGGUUGUCGCUGCUCUGCGACGUGGAGCUUCUCUGGUCCUCCCUGGAGCUUGGCACGGAGGUGAUCCUCCCAGCAGUGGAGGCCUUGGAGGUGGUGGGCCACAGGUGUCGGGACCGCGCCAUAUCGGCGCUGUGCCGCCUCCUUUCCUCCGAGAACUUGGAGGUGCGGCGCGCGGCGCGUGUUGCGCUGCGGCGGCUGGAGGUGCAGGCGUCGGAGUUGCUGGGCACGCUGCGGCCUUGGAGGCCAGAACGGCUGGAUGAAGUCUUUGCCGCGCUCAUCGAAUUUGCACCUCAGGAGGCGGAGACCUUGGAGUGGCUUCUCUUCGCUACUCGUGAGCAGCCUCGUGGGCCGGACCGGUACCAUGCCUUGCGGGCAAUCGAGACGGCCCCCGCCGGCUGCUUCGGGGCAUCAGCCCUGGCGCUGGCGCCGGCGGAUGACGAGGGCGCCUGGCUGGUCAUUUGUCGGGUGGCCCAAAAGGUGGCCGAGACUGAUCCGGCCAAGGCGGCAGAACUGCUGCUCAUGCAACUCCAGGGCGCCUGGGCGGUGAGCGCCUUGGACCUCGCCCUGGAGCUCCAGUUGGAUCUCCGGUUCCAGGAGGCCAUGGUGGCCAGACUGCCCACCCUGCAGGGCCAGAUGCUAAUGGCCUUUUGCAGCCGCAUUGAUUUGGCGAAUGCGAAGCCGCAGGUGGCUCAGGCGUUGCUGGCGGAGCUGGCCAGGCCAUGCGCAUGCGAGGAGGUGCUGAUGAUGCUGGCUCGGUGCAUGCCAGAAGAGGAGGCCAGAAUCAUCCCAGCAAUCCGCAGCUUUCUUGCCGGAAGGCACGCUUCCAGCACCGGCGCCGUGCUGGCUGCCGCAGAGAUCGCCCAGCUCGCGUCGGCGGAGUGUGAACGGAGGUCGCUUCGGAGACAAGCGAUGCUGGCCUUGGCCAGGAGACUGGCGAAGGGCCAGAAGUGCGGCGCCGACUUGGAGCGGCUGAUGCAGACAGAAGGGCUCACGGAGAACGUCCAGGCCGAGCUGUUGCUGGGCCUCAGCAGCCAGCAGGCCUCCGUUCAGCGCGUCUGCGGCGAGGUCUUCUGGAAGGUGGUGAGGAAAGGGGACCAAGGCGUCGUGCAGGUCCUGAUGCGCGACAUCCAAGAGGAGGGGCUGCCGAGCCUGCAGCGCGCCCACCUCAUCGAGCUCUUGGGUCAGGUGGCGUGUCCGGGCCAAAGCGACGUGGUGCAGGCGCUGCAGACUCUGGCCGGGGACGCGCAGCUGGUCAUACGCGAGGCGGCCGCUGGGGCCUUAGGCCUCUGCGGCUUGGAGGAUGCCGAUACCAGGGAACUACUGCGGGGCCUUUUGACAGACCCGGACGCCCAGGUGCGGCUUACGAGCCUGCAGUGUUUGGCUCGGCUGCCCCAUCUAGACCUGCCGGAUCAGCUCCUGCAUGAUGAUGCCACCAGCGUUGUCCUCCUGGCGCUGGAGCUGUCGGCAUCGCCACAGCUGUCGGACCUGGUGCGGCUGGCCGCCCAUGGCGACCCACGUGUGCGUGCCCUGGCCGUGCGGCGCCUGGGCCGGGUGAAGGCGGUGGGAGCGGAGCAGGCGCUGAAAGCGUUGUGGGCGCAGCCGCUGCCGGGCUGGGAAGUGGACCCUCAGGUGCUGGCAGCUCGAGAGGAGGCGCUUAAGGCGCUGACCUGA